UUUUUAUCUCGGUAUACCCCAUAUUAGUCAUUGUUAUUAAAAGUAAAAGUUCCUGAUUCUGUGGUUAAACAUGUCUUAUGAUGCUUUAAAUAUUGAAGGUCCCGCUACAGAUUCGGCGCCGGUUUUACUAUCCAAACAUGCCAAAUAUUUUGUAAGAUUUUUACAUUUGUUACCGGCCCGUUUGGCCUCUCAUGAUUCUACCAGAGGCACUAUUGCAUUUUUUGCCGUUUGUGGAUUGGAUGUUUUAAAUUCCCUUCACUUGUUAACCCCUGAAAUGCGUAAAAAUAUAAUAGAUUGGAUUUAUGGCAGUUUAGUCAUACCUCAGCCAGGUGAACGCAACUGUUCUGGUUUUCAGGGAUCCCGUUCAGUUUUGAUAAAAAGUGAUGAUGAAGAACUCUUAGCCAAUGCAAAGUGUUAUCAAUGGGGUCAUUUGGCCAUGACUUAUACCAGUAUUGGUAUUUUAGUAACGUUGGGUGAUGAUUUGACUCGUUUAGAUCGUAAAAGUAUUGUGGAUGGUGUUGCUGCUGUACAAAGACCUGAUGGAAGUUUUAGUGCCUGCAUAGACGGCAGUGAGAAUGAUAUGCGUUUUGUUUUCUGUGCUGCGGCAAUAUGUCAUAUGCUGGACUAUUGGGGUGAUGUUAAUAAGGACAAAAUGUAUGAAUUUAUAAUGAACAGUAUUCGUUACGACUAUGGCUUCAGUCAAAACUUAGAAGCUGAGGGUCAUGGUGGUACCACAUAUUGUGCUUUGGCUGCUUUACACUUAAGCGGCCAAUUACAACGCAUUGACAACGAAACUCUGGAGGGUAUUAAACGUUGGUGUAUAUUCCGCCAAGUUGAUGGUUUCCAAGGACGUCCCAAUAAACCAGUAGACACUUGUUAUUCAUUUUGGAUUGGUGCUUCUUUGAAAAUUCUCAAUGCCUUCGAGUUGACUGACUAUGCGGCAAAUCGUUCCUAUAUCUUGGAAACACAAGAUAAUGUAGUUGGUGGUUUUGCCAAAUGGCCUCAUUCCACCACAGAUCCUUUCCACACUUAUUUAGGCCUUUGUGGUCUAGCAUUUACAGGAGAAUCGGGUCUUUUAGAAGUGAUGCCCAGCCUCAAUAUGUCUAUGGCGGCUUAUGAUAAACUAAAGAAGUUGCAUGAGAAAUGGCGUUUACAAAAUAUCGAAGUUGAUCAUAAAACCUAUAUGGAAGCCGUUAGUCGACAAACGUGUGAUACAAAAUUGACAUUAGAAGAUGAAACAACAUCGACUUUAACAUCGCCUUUAAUUAAAGCACAAUGAUGAGUUUUUUCUUAUUAUUAAUGUAUUAUUUUUUCUAAAUACUUUAUUUUGAAAUUUAAAAACAACAGAUGAAACUUUGUUUUUGUUUAGUUUUUUAUUAUUAAGCUUAAUUAUAAUAGUGUGUAUUUAAAAUCUAUGUCCAUAACUAUUUUAUCAUACAAAUUGUUUAAAGCCAUUUUAAGAAAGAAGUUUAAAACAAUUAUAAGCACAAAUUCUUAAUAAAACUAUAUAAAUAUGUACUAAUAUAUAAA